CGUACUAUGACUGGGAUUUGUGGUGGCACAAAAGGGAAUGCCCUAACGGUGGCUGGGCAUGGGCUGCAACUGGCGUCCUCGAAGGCAUUUACUACUGGAAAAUUAACCGCACAUUAUCGUAACAUUUGCGAAUUUGGUGGUGACAUCCGUGAUGCGCUAGAAUACAUUCAAGAUGAAGGCAUCUAUGAAAGCAAAUACUACGAGAUGCACUAUUUCCCAUGGCGUUGCCGCCCUAACGAGUUCGUCCAAAUGUUUUAUACACAGCCAGGGCAAGUUUAUUUCAAAAAUGCUUUUGAUGUUCGUACUGUGGACGAACACGCAAAUGCGAGCGAAAUCAUAGAACUUCUCAAAAAGUACGGCCCUAUUAGUGUGGGAGUGUCAGUUCGCGAAAAUUUUAAACGGCACCAUUUUCAGGAUGGACUCCUUUCGAACGAUUAUGUUCUAGAUGAUGAUUCAACAAAUCAUUUUGUUGUGCUGGUUGGCUAUGGUGAAACUUGGUUUGAUAAUCAAACUUACUGGAUCAUCCGCAACAGUUAUGGCCCGGAUUGGGGCAGAAAUGGUUAUGCAUUAUUGCGGCGAACGGAAAGUGGUUACGAAGUUAAUAGAUUUGCACAUUACAUAGUGUUGCGUAAAACGCAAUUUUAA